GCAUAAUAAUUGUUGCUUUUUGCUCUCUUAUAAACCCUUCCCUCUCUUCCUUAAUGUUGUAAACAUCUUUCCUUUCAAGUUUCAACUCUCUCUCUUUCUAUCUCUCUCACACACAAAUGUCUCAAAUCACAAUAACCUCUCCAAAACAUUGUGCUGCAAAACAAGGACUCAAAAACACGAAAAACUACAAGAAGCUCUACUUGACUUUCUCAGCAUUUUUCACCUCAGUCCUAUUACUAAUACUUCUUAUCUGGCUCAUCCUCCACCCAGCCAAGCCUCAAUUCUCCCUCAAAGAAGUUGAUAUCUACCAGCUGAACCUCUCAGGACCCAACCUCAACUCCUCCAUCCAACUCACCCUCCUCUCCAAGAAUCCAAACCAAAAAGUUGGCAUUUACUUUGAUGAGAUUCAAGUCUAUGCAACCUACAAGGGGCAGCAAAUAACUGGUGACACCCCUGUGCCUCCCUUCUACCAAGGCCAAGAGGAGAGUAAUCUCAUAACAGCCUCUUUGGUGGGAAAUGGGUUACCUGUGGCUCCCUCUUUUGGCUAUGAACUUGGUCGUGAUCAAACUGUUGGAAGACUAGUUUUGAAUCUCAAAGCCAAUGGAAAGCUUCGUUGGAAGGUGGGAACAUGGGUCUCUGGACGUUACAGGUUCACUGUUAAUUGUGUUUCUGUCAGUGCCUUUGGACCCUCUAUUCCUGCAGGCCCUCUCACUUCAAAGCAAGGGGCUCAGUGUUCUACCACAAUUUAAACUUAGCAUGAUCUUGCUAACAUUGAAAGAUAAUCUAUUACUGAGUUCUUCAAGUUCUCUUGUUUGCAGAUUUUGGUUGGCUUUGUAUUGAAACGUGUUUUAGUGAUUUGUAAAUAAAAUAUAUGUGAAUGAUAGGACAAAAAGUUACACUUUGUGAGUGAAAAAUGAAAAGAGGAUGUUUAUUAGAUGGUUAAUCUUAUCUCUUUGCUUUUGGUUUCAUUCUCUUUCUUUUUCUUCUCUCCCACUAUCUAUUGAAAUUUGUUUUGCUCGGCACGUGAUGAUGGUAGAAGUGAAAAUGAUUGUUGGAUUUCAUGGUAUCUCUCUAGUGGCUUUUGGGAGUGGAUACAUGAGUAGAUAUGGUAACCUUUGUUUCUUUGGUUAUUUUGUGGAUGCGAAGUAAAAACACUUUGAUUGAAGAAUCCGUAGACGAGAUUCGGAGAAGAGAGAUAGUGAAAGAAAAGAGAGGAAACUGUUAGCUUUCUUUCGAGAAUCUGCAGAUUUUACAUGUCAAUUUCUUGCCUUUAAGAAUCAUAUUGGUAUACUUUAACCAAACUUUUGGUAACCAUGAAUUAGCUUCCAUUUUUCUGUCUUUUUUGGACAGUAUUCAGAGAUUAUAUUGUCCAUAUGAAUGUCUCAAACGAAUAUACCAGGGAAUGCUAACUGUGGGAUUAUUCAUUGUUCAA